AUGACUGCAUUUACAGUAGCGGGUAUUGGUUUGUUCUCUCUGUGGCUCAUCAAUGGUUAUUCGAAGAAAGGCCGUAAAACGACGUCUUCAGGCCUCCCGCCUCCACCUCAGAUACCGGGCUUGCCCGUGAUUGGGAACCUGCUGCAACUGAAAGAGAAGAAACCUCACAAGACUUUCGCCAGAUGGGCCGAGAGAUACGGCCCGAUCUAUUCCAUUAGAACUGGCUCCACAUCACUCGUGGUCCUCAACUCUAAUGAUGUUGCAAAGGAGGCUAUGGUUACUAGAUUCUCAUCCAUCUCAACGAGAAAGCUGUCUAAUGCGAUAAAGAUCCUUACUUGUGAUAAAAACAUAAUUGCACUGACUGAUUAUGGUGAACAUCAUAAGAUGGUCAAGAAGAAUAUUCUCACUAGUACUUUGGGACCUAAUGCUCAGAAGCGCCAUCAAAUUCACAGGGAUACCAUGAUAGAAAACGUGUCGAAACACUUGAUAGCUUGCCAGAAAGAGAAUCCUAUGGCAGCUGUGAAUUUCAGGAAAAUAUUCCAGUCUGAACUCUUUGGGCUGGCAUUGAAACAAGUUCUUGGACGUGAUCUGAUGUCUAUAUAUGUUGAGGAGCUUGGACAAACUUUGUCAAAGGAGGACAUAUUCAAAAUUUUGGUGGUUGAUCCCAUGAAAGGUGCCAUUGAGGUUGACUGGAGGGAUUUUUUCCCCUAUCUAAAAUGGAUACCAAACAGGACCUUCGAGAAAAAUAUCAAACAAAUGUAUUCUCGUAGGCAAGCUGUGAUGACUGCACUCAUCAACGAACAAAAAGAACGGAUUUCUCGAGGAGAGGAAGUGAAUUGUUACCUCGACUACUUGUUAUCAGAAGCAAAAACAUUGUCUGAACAACAGAUUCUAAUGCUGUCAUGGGAAGCCAUAAUCGAAUCAUCAGAUACCACUUUGGUCACGACCGAAUGGGCCUUGUAUGAACUCGCUAAAGAUCCCGAAAGACAGGAUCAUCUAUAUAGGGAAAUUGAAAGUGUUUGUGGGAAUGAAAAAAUCACGGAGAAAAAGUUGAGUGAACUCCCAUUCUUGUCUGCAGUUUUUCAUGAGACUUUGAGAAAAUACAGUCCAGCUCCCGUAAUUCCCCUGAGAUUCGUUCAUGAAGAUACGCAAAUAGGAGGAUAUGACAUUCCAGCAGGAACUGAGAUUGCUAUAAAUAUCUUCGGAUGUAACAUGGACAAGAAAGUAUGGGAAAGUCCUGAAAGCUGGAAACCAGAGAGAUUUCUCGACGAAAAAUACGAAACGAUGGAUUUACACAAGACAAUGGCAUUUGGAGCUGGGAAAAGGCUCUGCCCCGGUGCCUUACAAGCAAUGUUGAUAUCUAGCUUGGCAAUCGGUCGAUUAAUACAGGACUUUGAAUGGAGGCUUAAGGAUGGAGAAGAAGAAAAUGUCGAUACGCUCGGGCUCACGACCCACAAGCUUCAUCCGCUGCAUGCAGUUUUAAAGAUGAGAAAUUGA